UCUGUGUUGGCAUAAAUAUUGCAUGAAUGAGUGAUAUUUACCGGUGGCGGUGUUAGUGGUAGUGGAAAAAAAAGACGGUAAGCAAUGCAAAGUUCAAGGAUCGAGUUUUAAUUUUUAAGUGUUUUAACACAUAAUAUCAAAUAUGCGCCGUUUGUUUCUUUUUAAUUUAGAUCUGUAUCCGUGAAUACUUUAUAGUUUUAUAUUCUUUCUGUACAAACAAAUAAAAAUGUAUUUAAUAAUUUUUUUUCACAAAUGAAACAGACUUAUUUUUUAGUUACAAGCCCUACGUAUCAGUAAUCUCAUCUCAUUACUAACUUUUAUUACACUAUUAAUAUUUAUAAUAUAUUGUUAAUUUUAUUGAUUCGCUAACAACAAACUGGUUAAAAUUCUUCUAGAUUAUUUGUAAAUCAGUAUAAUGCAAUUGAUACAAAUCCAUUGGGUACAUAUGUUAUGCAUCCUUUUUGGAAUGCAUUAAUUAAAGUUACUCCAAGAUGGAUUGCACCUAACUUGCUAACUUUUGUUGGUUUUCUUUUUACUGUUGGAGCUUCACUUCUCCUUGCUUAUUAUGACUAUGGUUUCUAUGUGUCUGGAAUAAAUUACAAAGGCGAUCCAAUACCUAGAUGGGUGUUUGGUGUUGUGUCUUUAUUUAUUUUCAUUUCAUACUCCCUUGAUGGUCUUGAUGGUAAACAGGCUAGACGUACAGGCACAAGUGGCCCACUAGGUGAACUGUUUGACCACGGUCUGGAUUCCUGGACAACUGUUUUUAUCCCGACCGCACUUUAUUCAAUAUUUGGGCGUGAUGAUCCAAACACUAUUCAACCAAUACGAAUGUAUUAUAUCUGUAUAAUGGUUUUCAUUAAUUUUUAUCUGGCUCAUUGGGAAAAGUAUAAUACUGGAGUAUUGUAUUUGCCUUGGAGUUAUGAUUUUUCAAUGGUUGGAUUAGUAUUCUUCUUUGGUCUUACUGCUAUUUUUGGUCCCGAAAAAUGGAAAAUGUCUUUGACAGAUAAUUAUUCAUUUGGACAUGUCACGGAAAUAACAUUUUACUUUACCACAUUCAUUACAAAUAUUCCAGUCUCAAUUUAUAAUAUUUACGUAAGUCACAGGGACAAAACAGGUAAAAAUUUAAGCAUUUUAGAAGGUAGUCGACCAUUAGUUCCUUUAACUGUAUUUGUGUCUUUAUGCUUAAUAUGGGUAAAAAUGUCACCCACAAAUAUUCUUGAAAGGGAUCCAAGGAUAUUUUUCAUGAUGAGUGGAGCAAUAUUUUCAAAUAUUUGUUGUCGUUUAAUUGUGGCUCAAAUGAGCAAGACCCGUUGUGAAGCACAUAACAAUUUGUUGUCGUUUAUGGUUGUAGCUAUAUUUUUUAGUGUGUUCUUACCUCCUGUUGAGUUAAUUUGUAUGUACAUUAUGGCAUUCAUAAGCAUUGUGACACACAUAUACUAUGGAGGCUGUGUAGUGAAACAAAUGGCUGAUCAUUUUAAAAUUAUGUGUUUCAAAAUACCAUACAAGAAACAUUAAAUAUAAAAUAUUAUUAAAGUAAUACUUAUUUUAUUUUUAUUAUUUAUAUUAAUUACUUAAAUCAACAUUAGCAUUCAUGGAAUAGUUGUUACUAAAUGUUAUUUGUUUUUAAAAUCUCAUUACAGAUUAGCCAUUCAGAUGAAGUACUCUUAUUUUUUAUAUUUGUAGAAUUGUUUAUACACAUUUUGUAUACAAGUUAUUAUUAUUCAUUACACUAUUUAAAAAUUGGUAUGGUACAUUUUAUCUCACUAAUUGUACUAAUUCAGUGAUAUUUUAUUUCUAAAAAAAAACUUUGAAAGUGUAUAAACUAGUUUACCUUUGAAUGCAGUUAAUUCGGGAGCAUUGAACAAAUUAGUGCUACUCAAUAAGAUAUUGGCAGUUAUUUAAUUACCUAUUUAUUGUUAUAUUAUUUUACUUCAAAUAUUUAAUAUUAAAUAACCUUCAUUGGUACUUAUUUUUUAUUAAAUGGGUUGUAUUCUAUAAUUAGGUAUAGCACCUAUAUAAUAAUAAUUAAAAAUAAAUUUAAGAUUAUUAAGGUAUCCAUAAUAUAGUUAUUAUAAUAUAAUUAUAAUAUCUGUUAGAACAAUGUGUUAUUUUGUAAUUAAUUGAAUUAUUUGACUUAAUUAUACAAUAGAUAUUAGACAAUAAGUUAAUUAAUAUCGUGAAUGACUUGACAGUCUGAGUUUGUAUUUGUAUUAUUUUUUUUUUUUUUAUUUUAAACUUGUGUGUGAUAAAAAAGAUCAAUUAGUAAAUUUAUGAUUACAUAUAUCAUUACAAUAUUGAAUAUAUUAUAUACCUAUAA